AAAAUAGUGAGAAAAAUAAAGUGUAUUCAUGAAUAGACCUUAAAAUGGCUUCAAGAAUUCUGCAGCGGCUUACGCCGAUCAUACUCAAUAACGUGCGGGCUCCCUGUUGUGGGAUUCUUAAGAAUACUAAAGUUGUUAUUCUCAAACCAGUGGAGCCAUUGACCUGCAUAACUUACAGAAACUAUGCCAAGAACAAAGACAGAGGAAAAGAUAAAAAAGGCAAAGCAAAAGUUAUUGUUAACGCAACCGAAAUGUCUGAAUUAAUAUCAGUGGAUAAACUAAAAGACAGGUGUAUGGCCUCUAUAGACAAGAUGAAAGAUGAUUUUGCGAAAAACCUGUCCCUCCGAUCAACAACAGGUUCUAUAGACUCGCUCAUAGUGAAGUUCGAAGGCAAGGACUACGAGCUACAAGAAUUAGCACAGAUUGUUCGCAAGAAUCCCAAAACUAUUGUUAUAAAUUUUGCUUCGUUCCCGCAAGCCAUACCUGAUGCCCUAAAAUCCAUUCAAAACUCAGGGCUAAAUUUAAACCCUCAACAGGAUGGCACAACAUUGUUUGUUCCUGUUCCCAAAGUUACCAAAGAGCAUAGAGAGGCUUUAGCAAAGAAUGCUAAAGCUCUUUACAUUAAAUGCAGAGAUAACAUUAAAGAUGUACAGAAUGACUAUUUAAAGAAAGUAAAGAAAGCAGAAAGUGUUUCAGAAGAUAUGAUAUUCAGUGUUUCCAAGCAGAUAUCAGCAAUGUGCGAUGAAUUUCAAAACAGUGCUAAAGCAGUAUAUGAAGCGAAGCAUGAAGAACUUGUUGGAAAAUAGAAUCUUUGCAUUUCUUAACAUACCUGAACUAUUUAACUGCAUUUGCUUAAAUAAUUAAUAUUUAAUAAUAUAGAAUGUUUUACAAUCA